CAGUCUGUGAAAUUGUGUCAUAACAACGCUGGUUUACUGAACAAAUGAUUAACUUAAAGCCACACACAGAGAGGUUAAAGAACGAUAUUCUAUCAAUCAAACGUCUGUGUCUUGCGGACAGUGUCAGACAAACCACGCGACCAGCACAAUGGAUCAGUCAAUGGGCCGCAGCCUGAACGAAACUCUGGCGCAUGUUUCAGCCCAGCUGGGCUGCAGUCCAUACUCUUCAGAAGUGGCUUCAUACCUUGAUGACCAUGAUGAACUCAGGCACCUCCGACAACAUUUCUUGGUGCCCAAAAUCGGAGAUUUACCUCAAUCUGAUCUUUCAGUGGUUGAUGGCAACAUGGAGUGCAUAUAUCUAGUGGGAAACUCACUGGGGCUUCAGCCCAAAAGUGCCAGGGUCUAUUUGGAAGAGGAGCUGGACAAGUGGGCUAAACUUGGAGUUCAUGGUCACAUGGAAGGCUCUCGACCCUGGGUUCGCGCCGAGGAAAACCUUGAAGAACUCACGGCCAGGGUGGUUGGAGCCAAAUCUGAAGAGGUAGCCCUGAUGAACGGCCUCACAGUUAAUUUACAUCUUUUGAUGCUUUCCUUUUACCAACCCACUGCCGUACGCCACAAAAUCCUGUUAGAGGAUAAAGCCUUCCCCUCAGAUCAUUAUGCUGUAGAAUCCCAAAUUAGGCUACGGGGAUUUGACCCGGAGCAGAGCAUGCUGCUGAUCUCACCCAGGAAAGGAGAAGAGAGUCUGCGGACAGAGGACAUCCUGGAGGUCAUUGAGAAGGAGGGCGAUUCCAUUGCUGUGGUGAUGUUCAGUGGUGUUCAGUAUUACACUGGUCAGCUUUUUGACAUGGCAGCCAUCACUCAGGCAGGCCAUAGAAAGGGUUGUUACGUCGGGUUCGACUGUGCUCACGCUGCAGGAAAUGUUGACCUACAGCUGCAUGACUGGGGAGUGGACUUUGCCUGUUGGUGUUCCUAUAAGUAUUUAAAUUCAGGUUGUGGUGCAAUAGCCGGGGCUUUUAUCCACGAGAAACAUAACGGCAGCAUCAAACCAGCGCUUCUGGGAUGGUGGGGUCAUGACCUGAAAACUCGGUUUAAUAUGGAUAAUGUGAUGGACCUGCAGCCUGGGGUGAAGGGCUUCAGACUCUCCAACCAGCCCAUCAUGCUGGUUUGUCUCCUGCAGGCCAGUUUGGAGGUGUUCAAUUUGACCAGUAUGAAGGCAUUACGCAGGAAGUCAGUCCUACUGACCGGUUACAUGGAGUUUCUGAUUCAACAUUACUUCAGCAAAGACUCCAGUGAGCCUUUAAAAGCCAGCAUCCACAUCAUCACCCCUUCUGACCCGGAGCAGAGAGGCUGCCAGCUCUCACUGUCUUUUUCCAUUCCUGUCAAAGAGGUCCACAAGGAGCUGGAAAAAAGGGGCGUGGCUUGUGACGUACGGGAGCCCAAUGUGGUGAGAAUCGCACCAGUGCCUCUCUACAACACCUUCAGUGACGUUCACCGCUUCAUACAAACACUGAGAGCAGCUCUUAUCAACCAGUGAAGGAAACAUUCUUCUGACCUCUGUGUCGGUCUAGGUUUAGAACUGGGGAAUAUGAGCUAAAAUAAAUUUGUCAUGGCAUGAAGUCAAUUUCUUCAAAAAUAAAGAGCGAUAAUCUAAAGAAAAUAAUAAUGUCUCCAUUAAAAAAGUGAAUAUGCAUGUCAA